UGAGACUCCUCAGAAGUACACAUCCAUAAUCCAGAGCGCAGAGCUCGAACUAAGGGCCUUCAGUCUCGCAUACGAACGCUUAACCUCUAGACCAGCAUUCAACGGUAUUAAAAUUACUACAAUCUCUACAAAUCCCCAUUCUGAUAUAUAUGAAACAUUGGAUAAUGUGUUUGACAAUGAUCUUAGUACGAUUCCAUAAGUCACUAUUUAAAAUCUAUUUUUAAAGAGUCUAGUCAGCCAAUCCAAUAACAAAUAAAAAUAGUUUUCGUUUCAUAUUAUCAUCAAUUGAACGAUCAUUAGAAAUGAGGAAAUACUGAAUGCCUCUUAAAUAGUAAUGUAUGAUUAUUUAGCGCUAUAUAGCAAGAGAUCUGAAGAUUCUAGGUUUGAUUCCAUAUGACAUCCUAACUAUCAAUGAAACAAAUGCUUUUUUACUUUUCUGUUGAUGUUCAUUUGAGAUGGAAAUCAUCUUAUGAAGGGGGUAGUGAAAAUAAUCUUCAUAAAUCUUAAUUAAAAAAAAAAACAAAAUUAAGCAUAUUUCCUAUGUUUGUUUUCCAGUUAUUAAAAUCAAUGUACAUUCCACAUACAUCAGGUCUUGUUAUAUCAAAUAGUAUGUUACAUUCAACAAAUACUACUACUAUUAUGAAUACUAAUACAACUGAUUUAUGUAAAUUACAAAAAUGUAAUAAAAAUGAUCCUAAUUUUGGAAAUUAUUCAAAUCCAGAUCAAAUUUAUCCCAUAAAUAAAAAUUCGUUUAAACAUGAUUUUGAAAAAUUUGGUACAUCUUACACUAUUGAUUUGAAUACUCAGUUAACACCAAGUAAAUUAAAUAAUAAUAAUAAUAACAAUAAUAAUAUUACUAAUGAUAACAUUAAAAAGUCAUUCCCACCCGACUUAUUAAUUAAUUAUCAAACUGAAUUAGUUGAACGUAAUACAAAAUCUUUUAAUUUUAAAAAAGAGACCGUACAUCACAAAAUAAUCGAUAAUAAUACUACUAAUAAUAACAUACAUAAUAAGCAUGAUAAUCCUAAUAAUUUGUGUGGUCCUAGUAACAAUGUAUUUUCUUCUAAUAAUUUUAUUAAUCCUCUUACAAUUACUUCAACAUCAACAAAUUCUCCUAUGAUACAUUCAAAUCAUUCACAUCAUAAUGGGAUAAUUUCUCAUAAUUUACCAAAAUCAAAAAAUCAAUCAUCAAUAAAAAAUUUUAAUGAUCAUAUGAAAUCAAAUUUUGAAAUUUAUGAUUCAAAUAUAAAUAAUUCUUUAGUAAAUAAAAAGUAUACUUGUCGUACACAAUUUAAUAAACGUCAACGACGUCAACGAACACAUUUUACUAGUCAACAAUUACAAGAAUUAGAAGCAACAUUUGCUAGAAAUCGUUAUCCUGAUAUGAAUUUACGUGAAGAAAUAGCUACAUGGACAGAACUAUCAGAAGGUCGUGUAAGAGUAUGGUUUAAAAAUCGUAGAGCAAAAUGGCGAAAACGUGAAAGACAUCUAGAUGUUGUAUUACGUGGAACUAUAACUAAUCCUUUUGCGCCAUUAAUUCGUUCUGGAGUUGGGCAUCCACCUAAUGGAUUUGUCAACCAUCCAAUAUAUGGAACAACUGGACAGAGUUUUCCAUCAGCAAGACAAAAUCAAUUAUCUAAUACAAUUUUAACAUUAUCACAACCACAAGUAUCUUAUUUUCAAAAUUCCUCUACGAAUAAUUCGCGUAAUCCUUAUCCAUUUGUAUCUAAUUUACCAUGUGAUAAUAUAUUACCAAGUUUGAUAAAUAGAACUAGCCCGAAUUCUCUAAAUCAACCUUUUUCUGGUUUUACAAAUGAUAAUCGGAGUGAUACAGAUGAGUUUCAUAGCUAUCAUGCUGGCUUGCCGGGUACAUAUCCGCUUAAAUCUAUCAGCAAUGGCAGUAACAAUAAUAAUGAUAAUAAUAAUAAUGUGUCAAUCUAUUCUACACCAUACUGUAUGUCACAGAAUGAAACAAAUUUACACAUGGGAUUACCGGUACGUUUACCUCAUUCAACAUGGAUAACCAAUUCCAAUAAUACUGAUAAUAAUAGUAAUUUACAAUCCACAGAUUUAAGUGCAGCAGCUUUUGCCGCAUCAAACAUGUUUAAUACUUAUUCAUCAGUAAUUCAUGGAAUCAAUUCAACAAAUCUACUUGGUUUCAAUACAAAAAAAGAUUCUAAUAAUUAUCCUUCUUUUACUUCUUCAUCAAAUUCAUUUUUAUCUAAUGAAACAAUCAAUCAUACAGUUAAUCCGCUAUUAAGUUAUUCAAAUCACUUACAAAAUACAGGUUUACGACCAUUGGAUGUAUCAUUCACUACUGAAAAUACCGUCACUAACAGUAGUUGUCUUGAAUCGACGUUAUUUUCAUCAGGAACACUGUCAUCGAUAGGAACAACAUCAGUGACAGGAUUGACAAGUAUGCCUAAUUGGCCAUCUUUAAAUAAGCCUAUGAAUUCAAAUCAGUACAUAGAUGAUUUUCCUUCAAUAAAAAUGAACACACGUAUGGAUGACGAAAUCAAACUUCAUUCAAAACAAUUUUCACUUGAUGAUAUAAAUAGUUCAUUGAAAACAUUGAAAGAUACUAAAGAUUAUAUGAAAACGUCAUUUACAAGUGAAAAUAAACAUUCUUUGCAACAAGUAAUCAAUUCCGAUCAUAAUACUACUAUUAUAAGUAAUAUACAUGAUUCAGAAUUAACUGACAGUAUACAUUUCGAUAAUUUUAUUCAUCCUUUUAUCGUAAAAACUGAAACCUAUUUUAAUACAAAUGAAAGUACUGAAUCUAUAGAUUGUAUUAAUACAAAUCGUAAUUUUUCAUCGUCACCAAUCUCAUCAUCAUCUUCAUCCACAAUACCUUCAGUAUUCAAUUCACUAUCUACAAAGAAAUAUGAUUACUUACAAUUAAUGACUUCAUCACAAUCAAAUGAAUUAUUUUUUGAUAGUACCAACUAUCGUAAAGUAAAUGGACAAAGUUUCAAAUUAGAAGAACCAUUAUCUAUAAACAAAUCAUUGAUUCAAUAUCGUCCAUAUCGUCAACAUAUGCGUCAUACACAACCACAAUCAUUUCAACACCAGAUAAAUGAACCUGUACUUAUGAUACCUGGUAGUACAAAUAAUUUUUCAUUUCUACCGACUGCAGCUAUGAUGGCCGCAGCUGCUGCCGUAAAAAUGAACACAGAUGUAUGUAAUACUACAAAUCUUAAUGAAUCAAAAUCAUUAGUACAUAUUAUGUCAAAAACUUCUAUUCCAGCUAAUACAAUGACUAACUCAACAUUAUCAGAACGGUAUGCAAAUUUAAGCCAAUUGUCUACUAUAGCAGACACAAUUUUAACAGACGCUUCAAGAACAACAACAGCAUCAUCAUCAUCGAAUAUCAUAAAUGAUAAACAAUCUAACCAUGGAAAUUAUCGAAAUUCAAUGUUGACACAUUAUGUUCUACCGCAAAGUAGUCAUGAAACAAAUCAAUUAAAUGAAAUUAAUCCAAUUUCAAGUUCAAAUAUUUAUCAAUUCUAUAAUUAA